AUGGAAAGCGGCAAUCCGCAUCCUUACUAUCCCCUGGAUGCACGAAUCUACAACUACGCACCCAAUGAUGCAUCCGUCCUCAGCUUGAUAGCUACUGCUAGUGUGGGUGUCACGGCUCUAUUAGGAGCUACUUUUCUAUUGAGCACAUGGAUCCGACCAGCUCUAAGCAUAGCAAGCCGGAUUGCUAUUUUGUGGUUUGUCCUCUCUGGUACGCUUCACUGCUUCUUUGAGGGCUACUUUAUGAUCAACCACGAUCGCAUGGUCUCCGCCCAAGACUUCUUUGGCCAGUUGUGGAAGGAAUACGCUAUGUCCGAUUCGCGCUACUUGACCUCUGACACCCUUGUUCUGUGUAUGGAGACUAUCACAGUCCUUCUGUGGGGACCGUUGUGUUUCGGAGUCGCCUAUUCAAUCCUCCAUAACCACUCUCUGCGCCAUCCCCUGCAGAUCAUUGUAUGCAUGGCCCAUCUUUACGGCGACACCCUAUACUUCGCCACUAGUCUGUACGAUGAUCAUGUUCAUGGGCGACCAUACUGCCGACCUGAGCCCUUCUACUUCUGGGUCUAUUAUUUCUUCAUGAACUUUAUCUGGAUCGUUGUUCCAGCUUAUUAUCUAUAUCAGAGCAUGAAGACGAUCUCUCAAACCAUGACAAAACUCGGCGCAGACUCUUUAUCGCGCAAAGGUCAAUGA